AUGUCGUUUGGCCGAAUCGGCGCCAUGAUGAAUUCCUACGCACCUAUCAAAGAUAUCCCUCAGAUAACAUGUUCGGAUGACCCCUCCCAGCAAUGUCAAACAAGGGUGCAUAUCAUACGCAGCUUUUUCGCCAUGACGUUCUUAUGUGCAGCGGUGUCAGUAAAGCCCAACAUGGGAGACGCAGGAGAACGUCAAUGGAGACACAUUUUCCGACAAGUGAAAUUAGCAUUCUGGGCAGCCAUAGUCCCAGAGUUGAUACUGCUCUGGGCACUGAAGCAGUAUGUAGGCGCAAGGAGCCUGCAGCAAGAGUUUUCAAGGCAAAGAUGGACGAUGGCCCAUGGUCACUUCAUGCAAAUGGGUGGUUUCACGCUUUAUGGCACGGAUCACAAGCCAAUUGGCGUGCUCUCCUCUGUGCAGUUCCGAAAAUUGCUCCUAUCAGGGCAAAUCCACUUUCCGGAAAUCACAGAAGACGACAUAUGGGAUCGCAGUAAAAACAACACACCUAUAAAACUGUUUUCGUUGUGCCAAAUGACGUGGUUUAUGGUUCAAAUAUUUGAGAGGGGACGGCGAGGUUUGUUGAUGACGCCUUUUGACAUCCUCGGCCUUUCAUCGGUGGUUGCAAGUGCGCUGUUAUUUCGAUUAUGGUGGGACAAGCCUUUGAAUGUGAGGUGCUCCGUUCCUGUCCAUCUUUUGGACGAAAACGACAGUGACCACGCAGACUAUAUGCCUAAGCUGAAGAAGAUCAACACCGCAGCCUUGCCAUUCUCCAAAGAAAAAUUGAUCAGGGAGUUUGGGACCAAAUUAGAACCUGGAUGUAUGCGUGUCCCGACCUAUUAUUUUGUCAACACAGCGGAUGCCAGAGGCCUUGACGAUAUCUUUCCGAGAGUGAGACUUCCGCUUUCAUGCAUCGCAACUGCUCUUCUUGGGAUCAUAUACUGUUCUAGCGUAUUCUUCAAUAUCCUGGAAUUUCCAACGUGGAUUGAAGAUAUGCUCUGGAAAGGGUGUAUGAUGGUUGUCGUAACCGCCAUAUGUGUUCUACUCGUCGAGAUGAGUGGGAUCUACACAUAUCAUAAUCUCCGAAAGUCGAUUCUGGCAAGACGUUUCCUCAAGUCAUAUUUGGUCGCGCGGUCAUUGAUGUUAGUGUUGGCAUUUUUGUCGCUGCGCUCCCUACCUGUGAGGGCGCUCACCACGGUUAAAUGGGUAUCAAACAUCCCCCAUGUUUAA